GUUGCGUCUCGAGCGCGUGAGUUCCGUUUCUGUAGUGUUUACAUGUGUUAACGGAGCAGCGACGGAGCGCGAGCCGCUUCCUGCUCAGUGACUCCUCUCUCUCGCGCGCGCGUGUGGAAGAUGUAACCGUUAUUAUUAUUAUUAUUAUUAUUAUUAUUAUUAUCCGGAGCAGCCGUUAUUUAUUUUUCUCCGUUACCAGAAGAGGAUUUGGAUGUGAUCGGGGUCUGCGCUUCUUGUUUCAGGGCGUUUACGGGUUAAAUAUGGUUUUCUGACACGAACCGGGACGAUAAGGAGCUCCGUUAGCUAACGGGAGAAAACCCCGGACCGGAUGCGGCGGUGAAGCCGUGAUGGCUGUGCUGUGUAUAAGUUCCAGCGGUUGUGGACUGAGCAGCUCCCUGGUGUCGGUUUAGCAGCCCGCCUUCUUUCCCCUGUGGUACCGGAACAUCAUCCGACCCAACCAUGGACGACACCGGCAUCAUCCGGCGCAGGCGGCUGCAGGAUCUUCCUCUGCCACGUAAAAGCAGCAGCUGCCGUGCUAGUAACAGGAAGAGUCUGAUCCUCACCUCAACUUCGCCCACUUUACCUCGUGCUCACUCUCCUCUGCCUGGACACCUCGGAAGCAGCCCAUUGGACAGCCCUCGUAACUUCUCUCCUAGCAAUCCGGCUCACUUCUCCUUCACGGCUUCCUCCAGAAGGGAUGGUCGCCGUUGGUCUCUGGCUUCUCUUCCUUCUUCUGGUUAUGGCACCAACACACCCAGCUCAACGUCAUCCAGUUCGUCUCAGGAGCGUCUACACCAGUUGUCCUAUCAGCCCUCCUCCAUGGAUGAGCUGCUCUUCCUGUCCAAACACUUCGGCAGCACCGAGAGCAUCACAGAUGAUGACGGGGGUCGGAGCUCUCCACAUACACGCCCACGCUCACGCAGCCUUAGUCCUGGCCGAUCUGCUUCCUGCUGCGACAACGAGAUCAUGAUAAUGAACCAUGUGUACAAAGAGCGCUUCCCAAAGGCGACGGCUCAGAUGGAGGGGCGUUUAGCAGACUUUAUCCACUCGUUCUCGCCGGACAGCGUGCUCCCUCUGGCUGAUGGGGUCCUGAGCUUCAUCCACCACCAGAUCAUCGAGCUGUCCAGAGACUGCCUGAACAAAUCCCGAGAUGACCUCAUCACCACGGUCUACUUCUACGAGCUGCAGGAGAACCUCGACAAACUGCUGCACGAUGCGUACGAGCGGUCGGAGAGUUCAGAGCUGACCUUCAUCACAGAGCUGGUGAAGAAGCUCCUCAUCAUCAUCUCUCGCCCAGCACGACUCUUGGAAUGUCUGGAGUUUAACCCAGAGGACUUUUACCACCUGCUGGAGGCGGCCGAGGAUCACGCCAAAGAGGGACACCUGAUGAAGACAGACAUCCCACGCUACAUUAUCAGCCAGCUUGGCCUGACCAGAGACCCUCUGGAGGAAAUGGUCAAUCUGGAGAGUUAUGACAGCGAGGGACCCCUCACACCUGAGACUGACGACUCUACAGAGGGGAAGAUGAAAGUGAUGAAGCCUCCUGGAGAAGCUGACUUCCAGACCAUCAAACUGAUCAGCAAUGGAGCAUACGGGGCAGUGUACCUGGUGCGUCACCGAGAGACUCGGCAGCGCUUUGCCAUGAAGAAGAUCAACAAGCAGAACCUGAUCCUGAGGAACCAGAUCCAGCAGGCUUUCGUGGAGAGAGACAUCCUCACAUUCGCUGAGAACCCGUUCGUCGUCAGCAUGUUCUGCUCCUUCGAGACCCGCAGGCACCUCUGUAUGGUCAUGGAGUAUGUGGAAGGAGGAGACUGUGCCACGCUGCUGAAGCACAUUGGAGCUCUGCCUGUAGAGAUGGCACGCAUGUACUUUGCAGAGACCGUCCUCGCUCUGGAGUACAUCCACAACUACGGCGUGGUGCACCGAGACCUCAAACCUGACAAUCUGCUGAUCACGUCUAUGGGACACAUAAAGCUGACUGAUUUCGGUUUGUCUAAAAUGGGUCUGAUGAGUCUCACGACAAACCUGUAUGAGGGCCACAUCGAGAAGGACACCAGAGAGUUCUUAGAUAAACAGGUUUGUGGUACGCCCGAGUACAUCGCCCCGGAGGUGAUCUUACGGCAGGGAUACGGGAAACCCGUGGACUGGUGGGCCAUGGGCAUCAUCCUCUAUGAGUUCCUGGUGGGCUGUGUGCCUUUCUUCGGGGACACUCCUGAGGAGCUGUUCGGCCAGGUCAUCACUGAUGAUAUUGUGUGGCCUGAAGGUGAUGAAGCGCUCCCGGUCGACGCCCAGCACCUCAUCUCUGCCCUACUGCAGACCAACCCGCUGCUCCGCCUGGGCACAGGAGGUGCAGUGGAAGUGAAGCAUCACCCGUUCUUUGCUGAUUUGGACUGGAACAGUUUGCUGAGGCAGAAAGCCGAGUUUGUACCUCACCUCGAGUCAGAGGAGGACACCAGCUACUUCGACACACGUUCAGACCGUUACCAUCACAUUCACUCGUUCGAUGAAGACGACACCAAUGACGAUGAGCCCGUCGAGAUCCGUCGUUUCUCCUCCUGCUCGCCUCGCUUCAGCAAGGUGUACAGCAGCAUGGAGCAACUGUCCCAGCUGGAGCACAAGUCCGUGGUGACCCGCAGGGAGCCGAGAGGUCAUCGGGAGGACCGAGCGAAGAGAGAGAGCCUGGGCAGCUUCACUCUGAGAGACAAAUCAUGGAGGACGGGUUCUCCUGAGAUGAAGCGCCUGUCCUGCUCAGAGUACUCCUUCACCGAGUCUGACUACAGUCCCCCUGGUAUCCGCCGCCGUUUCUCUGCUCUCAUGGACACACACCGUGUCUCCUCUCCUCUCGAGACAGACACAGACACACACACUCGACACGCGCCAGUCAAAACAAGAGGGACAUCACUAGAGGGCGCUACGAUGGCAGCUGGCUCAGGUGUGGGCGUGGCCGAGUCCUCCAUUGCAGCACAAGGUUUAGAUAAAAUCCUGAAACCUGCUGACGCGGCUGCGACGUCAGCACCGUUUGGACCUAGAGCCCCGAGUGACGUGGUUCUGCGAAGAGCACGACAUCAGCAGCUGCCUGCUGAUGGAGAGAAACAAACUGUGACCCGCUCCGGCACCAAGGUCAUAAAGUCCGCCUCUGCUUCAGCGUUAUCCGUCAUUAUACCUGCAGUGGAGCAGCAUGGGACGUCCCCACUAGCCAGCCCCAUGUCCCCCCGCUCCAUAUCAUCCAAUCCGUCGUCCCGUGACUCAUCCCCCAGCCGGGAUUACUCUCCUUCUAUCAGCACUCUGCGCUCUCCCAUCACCAUCCAGCGCUCGGGGAAGCGGUACGGUUUCACGCUGCGCGCCAUCCGAGUCUACAUGGGGGACACCAACGUCUACAGCGUCCACCAUAUGGUCUGGCAUGUGGAGUGUGGAGGCCCCGCCCAGGAAGCGGGUCUGUGUGCUGGUGACCUCAUCACGCAUGUGAAUGGAGAGUCUGUGCAUGGGCUGGUUCAUACAGAAGUGGUGGAGCUCAUUCUGAAGAGUGGGAAUAAAGUGACCGUGACCACAACUCCUUUUGAGAACACGUCCAUUAAGAUCGGACCGGCACGAAAGCCCAGCUCCAGGGCCAAGAUGGCACGACGCAACAAGAAAUCCAUCACUAAGGAGGGACAGGAGAGUAAGAAGCGAAGCUCUUUGUUCCGUAAGAUCACUAAGCAGUCGAACCUGCUUCACACCAGCCGCAGUCUUUCCUCCCUGAAUCGCUCUCUGUCAUCCGGUGACAGUCUCCCUGGCUCUCCCACUCACGGCCUGUAUGCCCGCUCACCCCCUGACUCCGCCCACCUCGGCAUGUCAUCACAGAGCAGCUCCCCGGCAUCUUCCACUCCGAACUCUCCAGCUACGUCGCAUCACAUGCGCCCGAGCUCUCUGCAUGGCCUGUCCCCUAAACUGCAGCGCCAGUUCCGCUCGUCUCGCUGUAAGUCAGCCGGGAGUGUCCCUCUGUCCCCGCUGGCACACACUCCCUCACCGAGCACGCCCAGCGCCACGCCCGCUUUCCCUGCCAAGCUGCACUCGUCGCCGCCAAUAACACGGCCCCGCUCGCCUCUGCUCACACGGGUGCAGUCAACCGAGAAGCCGGCUCCACCCUCUCCUCCAUCAUUUGCCUCUUUUCCAUCGUCAGCAGAGAAAAAAGGUGGCCUGAGGAAACACGGCGUGGAGGAAUAUCGCAUUCUGCAAAGCCUGCUGGAAAUCGAAGGCGAAAACAUGCUCGCAGAGACGCUCCAGCCAGCAAACAAGCCGGACUCGCCUUCCGGGCCUGACUCGGCACUGAGCAAGAAAGACAAACUGUAUGAAGGACCAGGGACAACGAGUUCUCCGAAAACCCAGGAUUCUAUCAAAGCCACGACUAUGGUGAAGUGUGAACCUGCAAAGCAAGACAAAAUGGUGUCAAAGAGCCCGGCCAUGCAGGAUCCAGUCUCAGACGUGAGAGAAAAACCUGGAGGAAAGACGCCAUUACUGAGCACAGAAGCCGUUGUGCUGAAAACACCAGAGCAGAAGACUGAGCCUGGGAAAGGGCGAGAGAAAGGAAAAGCAGCAUGGGAGAAUGACUCAAAAGCGAAAUCUGGCCUUGUGGAUCUGGGGAAGUGUGUGAAACCUCAGCAAACCAUCGAGGUUCGAGUGGAAGUCAGGAGCACAGGUGGUGAGUGCAAGGCUAAAGCUCCAGCACCUCCAGCGACGGACGGAGGUGUGCUCCAAGUGAAAUCCAAAGCGGUAAAGAGAUCAGUCCAUUCCGGGUCUAUCCGAACCCUCAGAGACGAGCGCUCUCAGUUGGAGGUUUUGGAGGAAAGCCCGGCUUCUCCAUCUCCUUCCAGUUCAUCUCCCAGCACUGGCAAAUCCCGAACAGUCUCCCCCGGCGACCGCUCAAGCUUCGUCACUCAGCUCACCAGCGUGGCCAAAACCGUGCUCGGACCCAUGAAGCUCGGAUCACAGGACGGAGGAAAAGGGAAGGACUCGAGCACCAAAACGAGUGAGGAUAAGCGGGCUGGGACGCUGGGAAAAUCCGAGGCCUCGUCCGCAGCCUGGCGCAUAGCGACGGGAACGUGGCCUGGACCAGGAUCCUCCAAAUCAAAGAGCUCGAACAAGCAUUCCUGAACUUCCUGUUUGUAACGUUUGGAGGGAGACGUGAAGUAAGCGAUACUGAAGCGAUGAUCUAAUACUUCCACAGCCACCAAAUCAACACUUAUCCAAAAUAAAAAAAAGGUGCUCUCAGUCCGUCAUCAUUAGAUGCAUAUAUGUGUAUAGAUGGUUUUUAAAGCUGUAGUAUGUAACUUUUUCAGGAUUCACAGAACAUUUUGUAACAUCAGUAGUAGCGAGGAACAUGUCUGUUUACAUUCAUGUAGUAUUGAAGUAAUGCCCAGGGUUGUGGUAUUAGGCCGUGAUGACCUUUGACCUGAGUCAGAAAAACUAAUUUACUGUUAAGUUCAAUAAGGGGUGGAGCUUAAGCUAGAUUAUUAAGCCAGUCUUAGUAAGCAAAUUUGAUCAUGUGACAUCAGUUGGAAAACGGUUCGCUAUCUAGCAAAUGUAGCUACGUCGUGAAAUAGUUUGCUAAACGUACUGAAUAUUGAACUCUAUUUAUUUAAAAAGUUAUGUACUGCAGCUUUAAUGUAACUGUAACACCAGAUUAGCGCAUCGCAUAAAAAGAGCUGUAUGUGUAGCUGCAUGUUAGACAUUGUGAAUAGAAAAUAAAUUAAUAGAGAAUACGAUAUUUAAAAAAAAAAUACUACGCAAAGACCUGAUGCUAGUGAACACUGUACACAUCUGAUCGUCAUAACUGCCCGGUCUCUAUAGCAACAGCAUGUCAGUGAUGUCAUAUCAAAUGCUCUUGACUUGAAUAGGUGGCAGAACCUGUCAAUCAUCUCUCCUAUAACAAAAUGGCAAAUAAAUAAAUAAAUAUAUAUAUCACCAUACUUGAAGAUGCACAAUACGCAAUCUGAGGUUUGCUGAUGCGGUGGAACGGGCGCAGUGCUUUAUUUCAGUACUUACAGUCGGAAACACGUGAUUGGUCCAGCAGCUUUCCCGGCUUGCGCUGAAUCCGUUUCCUUCACAGCAGCAGUAGACACAGAAGUGUGUAAGGUGUAAAUGAAGUGUUUAAUGUCCCAGAGAAUGUGGAAUAAAUAUUACAAAUGUUUGUAUGACAUCACAGAUAAGUGUUGUAUCAAACUAAUGUCCAAGUGGGUGUGGCCUAAUAUUCUAAUUAGCUUCAUUCAGGCUUCUUUGACCGCCCCUUGGUUGAGACUCCCAAAAAUAAGAAUUGUUCAAUCUUUCAUUUACCAACACUCUCAAUUAUAGAGCGAUCACAGAAGGUACACUUUUAGUAUGUGAGCGUUCUCUCUCUCUCUCUCUCUCUCUCUCUCUCUCUCUAAGGUUAGCUUUCUUUCUCUCAAAUAUAGGCUCUCUCUCGAUCUAAGGUAGACUUUUUCUCUCUAAAGUUGUCUUUCUCUCGUAAAGGUAGUCUCUCUCUCGCUCAGGUUAGCUUUCUCAUGAAGGUUAGCUGUCUCUCUUUCUAAGAUUAGCUUUCUCUUGAAGAUUAGCUGUCUCUCUCUUGAAGGUUAGUGCUGUCUCUCUCUUGAAGGUUAGCGCUGUCUCUCUCUCUCGAAGGUUAGCGCUGUCUCUCUCUCUCGAAGGUUAGCGCUGUCUCUCUCUUGAAGGUUAGCGCUGUCUCUCUCUCUCGAAGGUUAGCGCUGUCUCUCUCUCGAAGGUUAGCGCUGUCUCUCUCUCGAAGGUUAGUGCUGUCUCUCUCUUGAAGGUUAGUGCUGUCUCUCUCUCGAAGGUUAGUGCUGUCUCUCUCUCGAAGGUUAGCGCUCUCUCUCUCAAAGGUUAGCGCUCUCUCUCUCUCUCUCUCUCUCGAAGGUUAGUGCUGUCUCUCUCUCGAAGGUUAGCGCUCUCUCUCUCGAAGGUUAGCGCUCUCUCUCUCUCUCUCUCGAAGGUUAGCGCUCUCUCUCGAAGGUUAGCGCUCUCUCUCGAAGGUUAGCUGUCUCUCAUGAAGGUUAGCUGUCUCUCUCUCGCGCGAAGGUAGGCUUUUUCUCUCAGAUUAGCUUUCUCUUUCUCUCUUAAGGUAGGCUCUCUCCCUCGAAGGUUAGCUGUAUCUGUCUCUCGAAGGUUAGUGCUCUCUCUCUCUAAGAUUAGCUCUCUCUCGAAGAUUAACUAUCUCUCUCUCUUGAAGGUUAGCUGUCUCUCUCUCUCUCUCUCUCUCUCUCUCUCUCUCUCUCUCGAAGGUUAGCGCUCUCUCGAAGGUUAGCGCUCUCUCUUGAAGUUUAGCUUUGUCUCAUGAAGGUUAGCUGUCUCUCUCUCGAAGGUUAGCUGUCUUUCUCUCUCUCUCUCUCUCAGGUAGGCUUUUUCUCUCAGAUUAGCUUUCUCUUUCUCUCUUAAGGUAGGCUCUCUCCCUCAAAGGUUAGCUGUCUCUGUCUCUCGAAGGUUAGCGCUCUCUCUCUCGAAGGUUAGCGCUCUCUCUCUCGAAGGUUAGCGCUCUCUCUCUCGAAGGUUAGUGCUCUCUCUCUCUCGAAGAUUAGCUUUCUCUCAUGAAGGUUAGCUGUCUCUCUCUCUCUCUCUCUCUCGAAGGUAGGCUUUUUCUCUCAGAUUAGCUUUCUCUUUCUCUCUUAAAGUAGGCUCUCUCCCUCGAAGGUUAGCUUUAUCUGUCUCUUGAAGGUUAGCGCUCUCUCUCUAAGAUUAGCUCUCUCUCGAAGAUUAACUGUCUCUCUCUCGAAGGUUAGCUGUCUCUCUCUCUCGAAGGUUAGUGCUCUCUCUCUCGAAGGUUAGUGCUCUCUCUCUUGAAGGUUAGCGCUCUCUCUUGAAGUUUAGCUUUCUCUCAUGAAGGUUAGCUGUCUCUCUCUCGAAGGUUAGCUGUCUUUCUCUCUCUCUCUCUCUCAAUCUCAGGCAGGCUUUUUCUCUCAGAUUAGCUUUCUCUUUCUCUCUUAAGGUAGGCUCUCUCCCUCGAAGGUUAGCUGUCUCUGUCUCUUGAAGGUUAGCUUUCUCUCUCGAAGGUUAGCUCUCUCUCUCUCGAAGGUUAGCUCUCUCUCUCUCUCUCUCUCUCUCUCUCUCUCUCUCUCGUGAAGAUAGCCUUUCUCUAUGUAAAGUCUGCUUUCUCCUCAAGGGUUUGCUUUUAUUAUUGGCUGCUCUGAAUACAGACAGUUGAAGUAUGGACUCAUAGUCGGAAUGUAAUCAGUGUGGGCCGGACAAACUGACAGCAGCCUUGUGAUUGGUGAGAUUAGCCCCGCCCACUUCACAUCAUUUACCCCAUUAAUCACAGUUUGUACUUCAGACGGUGGCCACCAAACCAGCAUUAACCUCAUUUUACACCACAGCGCUGUUGGAUUCAGAAUUCUGAUUGGUCAAAGUGUUGAUUUAUUUCCUACAGCGGCAACUCUGACAGUAGUGCACGUCUUUAAUCAGUGUGCUAGUUUGAAUGUUAUCGUUUCUAUAGUAACAGCUCAAUCACAGGAACCAGUACACUAUCACUCCAGCCCAUGCGCUGAUUAUUUCCCUCAGUUAGAACGGCAGAUUUUAGUUCUCUGGGGCUUUAAACACUGAACAUGGAGGGGGGAGAGAUAUUAGAACAACUUCAACAUGAGUUAGUGUGUGUGUUUGUGGGUUAAACUCUUCCUACAUAUGCAAUGAGAGCUUUCUCCUGUGUCUAAUUUCACCAAGUUGCUUUGACACCUUUUUCUUUCCUGUUUCUUACUUGACUACAUUUUAUACCGUGUGUGUGUGUGUGUGUGUGUGUGUGUGUGUGUGUGUGUGUGUGUGCGAUUUCCGACAGUUAGUAAGUGGCAAAUAAUGUUCAGAUUUGCUUGUUUACACCGAGUAUCGCCCAACAUUUUAGUUGACCUCCGGAAUGUUCCAUCAUGUCACUCGAUGCUGGAGUGUGUCCAUUUUACAUCAUGCUCUCACGUCUGUGGACGUUUAACAGUGCAGUUUGUAAAGUUUAAAGCUUACAUCAGCCUUAUUAUACAACAUCAAUAUCAAAACCUUGUCACCGUCCUCCAACUGCACGGUUUACCUUGGAAUACCACGUGACUUCGGCAUGUUUCAGGAUUCCUGAGGCGUGCUUCAGCUCUAAACUGCUCCCUAGUGGACAAAGCUUUUAAUCCUUUAAUCAUCCAAACUGAGCCAUGCUGGAGCUCACUAGACUUCUGUUCAUUUUUUUUUUUCUGGCCCAGAAAUUAGCCCCAACCCUAGGUCAAACAGUCCUCUUUAGCUACUCCUGUUUUCCCAAAACUUUUUUUUUUUUAACUUGCACUAUGUUCAGCAAAUCCAGCUUGUCUUGCGACUAGAUUCACAAAUAUUAGAGUGCACGAAAAAAUUACAAAUGGCCCCUUUAAUAUUUUACAAUGAUAUUUUUGGCAGAUGUUUUUAUCCCGUGCACAUUCAAAUCCAAGCCUUAACAGUUGAGGAUAAACCUCGGCAUAGUUUAGACUUGCAAAAUAAAUAAAGGACAAGAUCUCACAAAAAUUUGUCCGAGUUGUACUGUAGAUAAAAACGAUGUGAUAAAGGAUGAUCGAAAGCUGAUAAUGUGGCAUUUCUUUUUUUUCCGUCUAUUUCAAAAUCUUAAGCGUAGCAGCGAUUUUACAUUUUCCGAUCACAAUCAUUUGUCAUAUCUUUUACCAUGACGGCUAGUUACACGGGUUAUUAGAUUUGGGAAAUAAACUGUAUAACAUUAUUUCUGAUCUGAGCAGAAAGGUUUUUUUUAAACUUCCCGAAAUGGUUACUGAAGAGAAUGGUGAGAUUUCUUUCUCUGACAGACACAAGACACAAAAUGCUUCAGAUUUGUAUCAACGAUCUGCCUAAGUGAAACACAAUUUUUAAAAGGUUAAAAUGUAUACAAUGAUAAUAUCGAACAAAUUCACUCACAGUAUAUCACAUGAACCACUUCGACACAUGCUCACAUUUCAUUUAGUUUCAGCAGACUUCCUAAGGUACUGUGUUGUGCUCUGCUCUGUGAUGGUGUGUUUGAUGAACUCCUGUCGUAGAUGGUGUGUGUGUGUGUGUGUGUGUGUGAGAGAGAGAGAGAGAGCUGUUUGAGUGUCUAGAUUCAUGUUGGCGUUCAUUGUUUUCCACUUUGUCGUUAUGGAAUAAAUACCACUGUAAAGAAUGCACUUUAUUUAUCUCCGAUAUUUAAAGGGGUCCAAGCAGAAGUGACCAGCUGACGAGGCUCUGCGUGUUUUAGGAGCUGUAAUUUUAGCUCCUCGACUAAUCUGCACUGUACAGUGAUAUAAAAAGUGUCGGAUGUUGAUGAGCCGAGCAGAUCCUUGAAAAUGUGUUUUUACAUCAAAUUUUUUUUCCGAAAAUGGCCACAGGUUGUUUCUGAGUUGUUCGCUAAGUUUGUGUGGGAAGAAUUGGCACAUCUCAUGCUUCUAGAAACGUUUCCACCUAAUACCGACUUUCAGGACAUCGCCACCUGCUGGCCAAAGUGCUUGGACCCCUGCAAUACCAGUUUUCGUUUGUUUACAUGUCGGGUUUUAUGAUCGUUUUGUUGUUGUUUGCUGUAAUCGAGUAGCAUGUUCAUACUCCGAUCCUUUCCACAGAUUUAAUGGAUUUUUCCUUUAAACAUUUUAUGCAAGAAUGGAAUGCUUUUUUUUAAGUUUAUUUAUUUGUA